AUGGAGAUCGCAGCAAGCAGUAUCGCCUUCGUUCAGGCUGGCGUCGGCACGGGAAAGGCCAUCAUCAGAGCCAUUCGAAUGUGGGAGCAGGUCAAGCAGCUCCCCAACGACCUCAGAGCCCGACUCAAGAGGCUGGAAUCCCUCGAGCCCAUGCUGCGUCACAUCGAGUCCGACUUUGCAAAGUAUCCGGAACUACGCUUUCAUCCAACCGCCCAGCAAUGUCUCGCCUAUGCGAUGGAAGUUGAAGCUACCAUGAAGUCUCACGUAGAGAAACUCGAGGGGAAGAUCCAGAAGCCUAGCAGCAACUUUAGAAAGCGGGUCAACUCGUUGAAGAUCAUAACGCUGAAGAAAGAGGAGAUUUCCAUGCUGGAGAGUGAGCUUGCUUGGGCCAUGGAAUCUUUGCAGCUUGCCAUUACCUACUUCCACAUGGCGAAGACCGAGAUAUCUGAGCAGCUUGUGAUCAAACAGACCUCGGAUCGGAUCAGAGAGUACAGCAUAGCGUGCCAGGAGGAUGUGGUGAACAAGACGGCGCAAGCUGUCGUCAAUAUGAUCAAAACGCGGGAGGAAGCAGACCCUAAAGUCAUUGACGCAGGGUCUGAAAAGGUGCUUCCUGCGCCAUCAAAGCGAAUACCGACCAUGGUCAUGAAGUCUGGGGCAUUUGGGCGAUACUCAUUUCAACGCUCCAGGAGCAACGACGGAUGGACCGCUUCGUUGCAGAUACCGUGGUCUCAGUGCGUGAGAGAACUGAGAUGGACAGGGUGGCAGUAUCGUUUUCACUCUUACAACAUCAAACCAGACUCAUCUCCAGUCUUUGAGACUGUUAGAAAUGGAGAUCUAAGGCGGCUGGUAAACCUUUUCAAGACGGGUGAAGCAACCCCAUUCGAUAGGAACGAAUCCGGUAAAUCACUUCUAUAUGUAGCGGCUAAAUACGAGAGACUUGAGGUCUGCCAAGUCCUCAUACAGCAAGGCGUACUUGCCGACGAUGAACGAGAAAGCUACGGCGGAACCCCAAUAGAUGUCAUCGUACGAUCUCGAACCAAUUUGAAACGGAAGGAUGACGCCAACCACCAAGCCAUCGUUUCCCUUUUCCGCAAUGCUGCCCAAACCACCCUCACACUGACCCUUGAACGCCUAUUCACCUUCAUGGCGGAGUACACAUACGGCGACGAGUACAUCCGAGUAUACUAUUCCCAAUUCCUCACCGAUUACCAAACGCGCUUCUCUUUGAGCGACCGUCUCGAGGCAGUGAGGCUUGCCGCUUUCAUCGUGCGCGAGGAUACAACGUAUCUCAAUCUCCUAUCCUCCGAUCACACCAUCUCACCAAGCGAUGUUGAGAGGAGCGAUGAAUGCGGUUUUUCACUGUUACAUUCCGCAGCAAUAGCUACCGGGAUAAGACUCGCGGACGAAUUGCAGUUUGACCGGCGGAUCCUACGGCCGCGCACUUACACGUCCGCCUGGAGCGACGUUAUUAUCAAGACCGUACGAAGCUUACUCAACACAACGAGUUUGUGUCAUGUCGAGACUGUCGUCCCAUGGGACUGGUUCGUCGUACCUGUCUGGAAAGCUACUCCACUGAUAUCCCUUCUCGGUGGCGCCUUAUGCCGAGUAUCGCCUCACCUACCCGUGGAAGAAUGGGACGAUGUCUUCCAAGCUGUACUCAAACAAUGGCUCCAAGACCUAGUAUCUGCGGGCGUUGAUCUACUUGCGUAUGGAGAGCAAGAAUCUGAUACAAUGAGGUUCACACAUCCUGAAGUGAAGGGGGCUUUUGACAGCGAUGCCAUCAACCUUUCCCGCAAAGUGGUCAGGAACCCGCUACAAGCGUGUAGUGAACCCGGGUGGAUGACGAAGGUGGAAAGAGCCUUUGAUAGGAGUGAUCGAUACUGGAAACCAGUGCGGAUCAUCAGUAUCGACUACGGUUCAGACGUUGAUGAUUGGAGGGUUCACUGGGUCGUUGAGGUCGAGGCGUUUGCUGGUGAGUUUUGGAGGGUUGUGGAGUCACCUCGGGUCGUUAUGCCGGGUAGUUGGAUUGACUAA